GGAAAGGGCGAACGCGACACGCGGCUCUGUUAGAACCCGUUACGAACAUGCUGGUUGAUACUUAACGAGAGCGGGCGCUGCGCCACUUCGCACGCGCUGAUUCAUGACGGUGUUCCCGCUCCCUCCCGGCAACAUCCGCCGGGCCCCUUGCUCAACUUCGACGACUUCCAGUUUGCAUUCCCCACAGAAACACUCGCAGGCACAGCGAAAAUGACCGCCAUCAUAUCUACCCAGACCCACGACCACUUGGUCAAAUACCUGUCCACCGCAACCGGUCGCGACAGAAUCCACAGAUUCGUGCAGUACUUCUCCCGCUUCCUCGUGUGGCACGGCCAGAGGAAUGGCUACGACAAGGAUCUCCUCGCCCGUUUGACCAACCUCAUGGGAGCUCUGGGACAGACGAGGAAGCUCAUGCGCGUCGGGCGACAGGUCGAGUUCUUGAGGACUAUCCAGAAGGCUGCUGGCUUGAAGGACGAUGUUACGCGUUUGACCACGAUUGUCAAGAACACGUUCUUGUCCCUUUGGUUGGCCCAUGAUACGUGCCAGUGGGUGAGUUGUGUGCGAGCGAUAGCUCUCGCGAGCGGAGCGAGUCCACUGUAAUAUCGAGCGUUAGCGAAGUACGAGCGAAGCGAGUUCCGCGCCGCAGGCGCAAUAACUGUGAGCGAUAGCGAACAAUUCUCUCUUUAGGCGAGCGAAGCGAGCCCCUGUCUUCCGCUGUGAGCGAUAACGAACGUUCGUUUUUAUGAUAUCGCGCCCAACCUCCUCGUCGCGAGCG